AUGAUAAAAAAAUUAAUAUGCAAUUAGAAAUUGUAUCAGUUUUGCGUUGAACAAAAAAUCAGCAAACAAAAAUCUAAAAAGGGACGCAAUAUAUUAUUAUUCAUUUUAAGCUUAGGUUUAGUACAACAUUACACAAAAACAAGAGAUUAUAUGUCAAAUAUAUUUCUAAGUGAGUAGGAAAUAUACGAUCUGAAUAAAAACAAAUAAUUAGAAAUUAACAAAAAAUAAUUGAAAUACCAUGAAAUUAAUUUGUAAAAAAAUAAAGAAAUCUAAACAGCAGUAAUAAUUGGUGGAGGAAUUAUAGGAUUAAGUUAAGCAUUGAAAUUGUUAUAGCAUGGUUAUUCUGUGAUAUUAAUUGAAAAAGAAUAAUUUAUAUCUACUAAAUGUAGUGCUUUUAAUGGAAACAUAUACAAUCCAUAUUUAUUCAAUCCAUUAAUAUCAAAAUAUUCAAUAAAAACAAUGUUUGACAACUAUAUUAAUCCAACAGACUCAGCAACUUAAAGAUUCAGUUUUGGAUGUCUUUAAGAACCAGGAGCAUUGGUAUGGUUAUUCAAUGCAUUAAGAUUAAGUACUUCCGAUAGUAAAUUUGAUUAGUCAAUUUAAGAUAUGACUAAAUUAGGGUAGAUUUAGGAAUAGGAAUUUGAAAAAAUAAAAAAAUUGGGUUUGCUUGAAAAUUAAUUAACUGCUGAAGGAGAAUUAAGUUUAUAUAAAUCUGUAGAAUAUGGAAAAAGGAUAAGUUAAUCAUUUAAAUAAGCAGGAGUUGAAUUUACAGAGAUUGAUAAAACCAAUUAUAAUUAACAUGAAAUAGAUAGAUAAUUAUUUAAUAAUUAUCCUUAUGUUAUUAAAUUAGAUAAAGAGAAUAAUUUAGAUACAAAAUAAUUAUCAAUACAAACUUUGAAAUAUUGUUAAAAGCAUUACCCUGAUAAGUUUAAAAUUUUAUAUGGAACAGAAUUUAAUGAAUUUAUAAUGAAUUACAAUAGAUAUGUAAUUGGAAUAAAUACAAACAAAGGGUAUUAAAAAAAUAAAUUAUAAUUAGUGUAAUAUAUGGAAAUAAAUUUAUAAUAUGUGCUGGAUUACAUAGUAAAUAUAUAGCUAAAAAGUUGGCAGUGACAUUACCUAUUAUGCCUUGUAGAGGAUGGAUUAUAGAAUCUGAAUUACCUGAAAAUGCAAAAGGAUCUGUAUUAGAUAAAAUGGUACUUAAAUUACCUACUUUAUCUAUUACAAAUCUUAAUAAUAAAUUAAGAAUUUCAGGUUGUUAAUUAAUAGAUAAAGAAUAUAAAUCAGAUGAUCCAAUUAAUGAAUGGGGAGCAUAGAUUCUGAUAAAAUAAAUGAAAGAGUAAUUUAAUAUUGAUUUGGAUCCAUAAUGUAUAUCAGUUAGGGAUUGUUGUAGGCCUUUGACUCCAGAUGAUAAGAUAAUAUUGAGUAAAUUGUGGUUUAAUAAAAAUGUAUUUGUUAAUGCAGGUCAUGGUUCUAGAGGAAUGAGUUAAUGUCAUGGUUGUGCUGAAAUUAUUUAUUAAUUAAUGUAGGGUAAAUAAAAAGAAGAGCAUGUUGCUUUUGAUUUAAAAAGGUUUCUAUUUAUUUGA